AUAUUGUUGAUUUACAAAAUAUUUUGGUCAUUGAUUCGCAUACAACAUGGCUGAAAAGAAAGGACGUGUGUUUUGUAAACCUGGGUGAAUAACGUUGUUUUCAGUGUACGAUUAUUGAAUAAUGGAGAAAUUUAAAAUUACUGUUGUAAGACUGUCACUUGGCGUUAUUUUGAUCGCCAGUGUACACGUGUGUUUAUGUGCGGAGCAGAAUAGUCACGUCGAGGAAUUUCAUAUGGUCCAAGAUAAAUCGUUUUCCAAUGUGACGAUUUAUGACAUGGAGGUAACAUGUGGGAAACACCGUCCUGGGAUGUUUCCUUCCCAGACCUGGACCUGUAAUGACAUCAGAGUGAAUGGAAUGCGGAUGGCCUAUGGUUACUACCCUGGGCUAGGGGCUGACACCAGAUGCACAGAGUCGGGAGGAUUUGAUGAACUGAGGCAGCUUUGUUACAAACUAAUGGAGUCCAUCGCCUCUAACAGACAAUUGUGGGGAGCUCAGGUUUCCAAUGCUAGCUGUGAUUAUAUAGAAGAAAAGAGAGUGAUGUUGAACCUGAAUCUUGAUGGUUACUACUGGAAAAAGAUGGAUCCUGGAUAUGGCUGGAUAGAAACCCUGCAGUGUGUGGCCUUUCCCAAAGAUGAUGCACUCUCAUUCCCAUGAUGCAAUCUCUGUUCAUUAUACAUAACACAAAAAAUACGAGAAAUAACAGUUUAUAUGCUUUGGUUGCAUGAUCUCAGUUCAUUUGAUAAGAGACUGGUUUUUUUUUUUUAAAUGUUCGCUAGAACUACUGUAUUGUUAAAAAUUUUGUAUGUUCAUAUGUUAUGCCUGUAGUGUGGCUUUUUAUUCUCUUGUUGAAAGAGAGAAAAAACCCAACAGAUCCCCUGAGUCAUUUCAAAUCAGCAGGGUUACAUGUACAUAAAGCUUAUUUUUUCUCAGUCAGUAGUUUGAUCUGGAAAUAUUUUCUCAUCAGUUGCUAUAUUUCUAAUCAUAGCCUUGGGCACAUCAGGUUAUUUUUCAAUAGUCAUGAUUUUUUGAUUGCAUAUUUUAAAAAAUCAUUACCUCUUUUUUUUUGGCUACAUUGUAUUAAAUUUCAUGUUUCUUUUGUUUACGAGCUUUCGAUCAUUAUUAAGCAAAUGAUUUGCCUUAGCAGCUCAAAUUUCUCUCAAUCGUGACUCAUUAAAGAUAGUCUCAGUUUUAAUAUGCAUAGAAGGAGAGAAAAUGCGAAAAAUCAAUAUCAUAUUUGUUGCUGUGUUAUUUUGACUAUCAGCUUGUUUAUCCUAGCAUGAAACACAUUGUAUGUUGAUGGAGUCGGCAGUAAUCUUUCGUUCCAAAUUUUCAAAGCCAAAUCAAAGCUAGUGAGUUUAUUAGUUUAGGAUGUACAUGUAAUUUGAUAUAAAGUCAUUUCUUGUUUCAGAUUUCAAAUAAUGAGGAUAUAAAGAGAGAAAAAGAUCUUUUGAUUAGCCACAUAAAAGAUAAAUUUGAAAAAAAAGAGAUUUACUGCACUGCUGAUCCAUAAAAAAGCUAUGUUUUGGUCAUGUUUUUAUGUCUAUAUUAAAAACUUCCAAUAUUAUCACCAUAUUUAAUUAAAUUUUGCUGCUGUGAAUUGUUUGUUGGAAAGAUUCUCCCUUCAAACUUAUUCAGCUGAAAAAUAGAGAACCUGAGAAUAAAGAAUUCUGUAGAAUCCCUGCUUGGUAUUGAUUUUAAGAUGAUUUUUUUUUCUCUUGAAUUUUUCUUUGACAAAACAAAAUAAAAAUUGACAAAAAGUGCUUUAGGCAAAGAGGUUAAAUAACAAUUAUGCAAACAAAUACAGAUGUAUUAAAUGUUUAUUAUAACCAGAGGUAGGAAAUGUUCAUAUCUUUUUCAUCUCGACAAAAAGCAGCAUAUUUUAUGUGAUGUUGCAGAUGAAUUGCAGUCCCUUACUGUUUUUAAUGAUGAAUACUACUCUAUGCAAUAUUUUUGUGUUUGUGGAAGGUCUGUGUUUAUUUGUGAAUGAUUCAAUCACUGUAAUCUAUCAACAGUAUUUUGGUUCUGGUGAUCAUGUUUCAACUGGCCAACAUUAUUUUCUUUUUUUUGCAUAAUAGUGCCUAUUUUUAUGAUAUAGAGGAAGGAUAUGUAUACCAAUAGUACAUGUAUCACCUGUAAAUGAUUCAUUCAAUAUCUACUGUGUAGUGUCAUUGACAAUCACAUGUUUGCUGUAAGAUUUCACAUGUAAAUAAAAUCUUCAAGCUCAC